CGUUCAUUUGACAAGACAAAUACUCCUCGGCUGAGUUUGGUCGCUAGAAAGAAAAGAGUCCUGUAACCUGUCUUUGUGCGAUGGCUGCAAACAUGACCGAGGAUCGACCCGAGCGAUCCGAUGGAAAGAUCGUGAAGAUGGAGGUCGAUUACAGUGGGACCGUGGACACGCGUAUCCCGGAGAGCGAGAAAAUGGCCAAAGAGGGGAAACUACAGGAGGCCGUUGACAACUUGUUGUCAUUGGAGAAACAAACCAGAACAGCAUCAGACAUGGUGUCCACCUCCAGAAUACUCGUUGCAGUGGUUCAGAUGUGUUAUGAAGCCAAGGACUGGGAUGCACUGAACGAAAACAUCAUGUUGCUCACCAAAAGGAGGAGUCAGCUCAAACAGGCUGUUGCCAAAAUGGUCCAGGAAUGUUACAAGUAUGUGGAUGCUGUGACCGAUCUGGACAUCAAGCUUAGACUCAUAGACACCCUUCGCACAGUGACAGCUGGCAAGAUCUACGUUGAGAUUGAACGUGCCAGGCUGACAAAGACCUUGGCCGGUAUUAAGGAGCGGAACGGGGAGGUGAAAGAAGCUGCUGCCAUUCUUCAGGAACUUCAGGUGGAGACAUAUGGCUCCAUGUCGAAAAAGGAGAAGGCGGAGUUUAUCUUGGAACAGAUGAGGCUCUGCAUUGCUGUCAAGGAUUACAUUCGCACCCAGAUCAUCAGCAAGAAGAUUAGCACCAAAUUCUUCCAAGAGGAGGGCAGUGAGGAGUUGAAGCUCAAGUAUUACAACCUGAUGAUUCAGGUGGACCAGCACGAGGGCUCCUAUCUGUCUAUCUGCAAACACUACCGGGCCAUUUAUGACACGCCCUGCAUCUUGGAGGACAGCAGCAAGUGGCAACAGGCCCUGAAGAGUGUGGUGCUGUACGUGAUUCUUUCUCCUUACGACAAUGAGCAGUCAGACCUUGUACACAGAAUCAGUGAAGACAAGAAACUGGAGGAAAUCCCCAAAUACAAGGACCUUCUGAAGCAGUUUACCACUAUGGAGCUGAUGCGCUGGGCUGCACUGGUGGAAGAUUAUGGGAAGGAGCUGAGAGAGGGCUCAACUGAUAGCCCCGCCACAGACGUCUUUGAUUGUUCAGAGGAGGGGGAGAAAAGGUGGAAGGACCUGAAGAACAGAGUGGUGGAGCAUAACAUCAGAAUAAUGGCCAAAUAUUACACCAGAAUCUCGAUGAAGAGGAUGGCUGGACUCCUUGACCUCUCCAUUGAUGAAUCUGAAGAGUUCCUCUCCACCCUCGUUGUGAACAAGACCAUCUACGCAAAGGUCGACCGAAUGGCCGGCAUCAUCAACUUUCAGAGGCCAAAAGACCCCAACGACCUGCUCAACGACUGGUCGCACAAACUCAACUCUCUCAUGUCUCUGGUCAACAAGACCACUCAUCUCAUUGCCAAGGAGGAGAUGAUCCACAACCUGCAGUGAAAAAGAAAAAUGUUUUUUGUUUUGGUCCAUAUGUGUUGUUUUCCCUCUGUGGAAAAGCUUUUGAAUAUACAAUAUAUUAGUGGACUGUGAAUGCAGCAUUAUUCCAACGUCUUAAAUGGAGAAAAAUCUGCAGCACGUACACAGCACCUCAACUGUGUUCAUUUUUUACUGUCUGUUAAAACAUCGACAAUAAACACAUGAGCGCC